AUGCACUCGCUCAAGUUGGCUCUCGUAUGCGCGCUGCUAGGCGCUUGUCAUGCGUUUCCGCCAGAAUCUUCUCGCGUGCUCGUUCGAAGAGGUCGAUGGCCAGCUUUCUCGAGCAAGGUGAGUCGAGUCCCGCUGCUCAACACUCGUUUCGUGCGCGGCCCCCCACUCACCACCCCCACCCUUUCCUCGCAGGCCGGUGCAGAGGCAGCGAUGGAAAUUUUCCGUCCGCCAUCUCCUACCACAGAGGGAGCAUCUUCUGCGCAUCCUUUCAACAAUCCAGACCCGAGGGUGGAGCACAGCCGCGGAACGAUCAUCCCUCCUCCCUCUUCGGCGCAGCAAGAUGGUCUGAGGGAGAUCCCCGGAGCAAGCUUGAUGCGCAGUCCAUCGGGUCAUCACCAGCAAGUCGUCAUACACGAAGGAGCGCAGUGGAAGCACGUGUCGAGUCGAGAAGGUGCUGGUGCCCACCUGCAGCGCUUGGCAUUCGACCGACCGAUCCGCAUCGAAGUUCAAGCGAAUACCCGCAUCUACACUCCAGCAGACCUGCAGACGGGUCGAAACACUGGUAGUCUCCUCGUUCCCAACGACUACGACACGCCUUCGUCCACUUCCAGCGGGCUGGUCAGGGGAGCAAAGUACGACCCGCAGCUGCACCCGAUGCACGCUCACGGAAAUGCUGUGCGGCCCACGGCUGCAGAGCGAGCACAUUUGAACUCCCACGUCAUGUCCUCGCCUUUCGAUCGCACCGAGCUGGGUGGUCCAUCGUGA